CCGUGACGAGCGUGAAAGCGGACAAGAUCCACAGCCUCGAGGAGAUCUACCUCCACUCUCUCGCCGUCAAAGAGCACCAGAUCAUCGAGAAGCUAUGCCCUAAUCUCAAAGACGAGGUCAUGAAGAUCAUGCCGGUCCAGAAGCAGACACGUGCCGGUCAGAGGACCCGGUUCAAGGCCUUCGUCGUCGUCGGAGACGGCAACGGCCACGUCGGAUUGGGGGUGAAGUGCGCCAAGGAGGUGGCGACGGCGAUCAGAGGGGCCAUUAUUUUGGCUAAGCUGUCGGUUGUUCCGGUGAGAAGAGGGUACUGGGGGAACAAGAUUGGGAAAGUUCACACUGUGCCUUGUAAGGUGACUGGGAAAUGUGGGUCGGUGACGGUGAGGAUGGUGCCGGCACCGAGAGGUUCUGGGAUUGUGGCGGCGAGAGUGCCGAAGAAGGUGCUGCAGUUUGCUGGGAUUGAUGAUGUGUUUACGAGCUCAAGGGGGUCGACUAAGACCCUGGGAAACUUUGUCAAGGCUACCUUUGACUGUUUGAUGAAAACUUAUGGGUUCUUGACUCCUGAUCUUUGGAAUGAGACUCGAUUCCGCAAAUCUCCAUACCAGGAGUUCACCGAUCUUCUUACGAAGCCUGUUGCAUCUCUUAAACCAGUGCUUCCUGAUGAAGCUGAGAGGCUAGAAGCUUAAGAUAUGGACAGUAGCGUCAGUUUUGUUACCGCAAUGGAUUCUGUUUUAGAUUGUGUCUCGAACAUGAUAUUCGUGUGAUAGUACUUUUAUGCUGUUAAUUUUUGUUUGAUCUAGGAUUGCUGAUGCUUAUGUGUUGUCACAUUUAUCUAUACAGUACGAGGUUUAUGUUUUUCGCUAAAAUGUUGAGUGGGGUUUGGUUUA